UAUAACCAGUUAAGUAGUUUAUCAAAAUAAACCUCGCCAUCAUAUAUUUAUAUAUAGAGAGAGAUAUUUUGUCUUUAUAAUUCUUCCCUCCUCUGAAUACCCGUGAGCUUUCCGAGACAAGCAGGAGGAGAUGAAUUACGAAUUUGGGCGAGAAAGUGGUUUUAUCAACAGCCAGCCGUCGCUCGCUGAGUGCCUGACAUCUUUCACUAACCCUGUCGGUGAUGCAUUUCAAAGUUCAUCAAUCAAGAUCUCAGCGCUUUCACAGUCGACACUGAUUCCUCCUCCUUUUGAGCAGACCAUCCCCGGCCUGAACCCGAGCGUCCACCCACGCCACAGCCGCUCCAAGCAGGCUCAGAAGGGCUUCAGCCCGCUACAGGCUGUGUCCCUACCCCCGGAGUACCCGUGGAUGAAGGAGAAAAAAAGCAUCAAGAGGAACCAGGCUGCUUCUGCUUCUUCAUCUUCUUCUGCUCCUGCUGCUGCUACUGCUGCGACGACGGAUGACUCCUCGCCACUCUACUUCUCCCCCCAAGGUUCACCUGAUACACCAGAGAGUGGUGCUGGCGAUGGAGGGUCAUCAAGGAGGCUGAGGACUGCGUACACCAACACCCAACUUCUGGAGCUGGAGAAGGAGUUUCAUUUUAACAAAUACCUGUGCAGACCGAGGCGAGUGGAAAUAGCUGCUUUGCUGGAUUUAACGGAGAAGCAGGUGAAAGUGUGGUUUCAGAACAGGCGGAUGAAGCACAAGAGGCAGACUCAUAGCAAGGAGAACAGGGACAGCGAGGGGAAAUACGCCUGCCUGGACGACGGGCCGGAGGACGAGUUGGAGCAGGCUACAGAGGGCAGCGCCGCCGGGACUCUCUUUGAGAGGGAGAGGUAUUUCCACCAGAAUACCUUGACUUCACAACACUGUCAGAACGCACACAAUGGGGAGAGCCAAAGCCCAACUGUUACCCCUCUGAGCAGCAAUGAGAAAAAUCUGAAACAUUUUCCAAACCCGUCAGCCAUUGUGCCCAUCUGCGUGUCCACAAUAGGCCCGAACAAUGACGAUUCCCCGGACCUGGACGCCUCAUUGCAGGAUUUCCAAGUUUUCUCAUCCUCGCCCUCUUUCUCACCGAGUUUGUCAGAAUCAGCUCAAAGUCCCCUGCCUUUACCCUGCGAGACUUUCGACCUCUUCUCAGAAACACUCACAACAAUCGACCUGCAAAACCUGAGUUAUUGAAAUGUUUCGACUUUGGUAUUUGUAACUCAGAAGGUUGUGCUCUAGUUUAGGACGUCAGGGUGGAAAUUUUUAAUAGAUGAGGUAAGUUAAAGCGAAAUAAGCAAAGCUCUUUUCUUUUUUUGUUGCCUGUAUGGACUGUUAGGCUGUUAGAAGACACAGUGCACAUUUAUUUUUAUAUGGAUUUGGACUAUAAUUGAGCACAAUAUUUUUAUUGAAAUAAAAUUUUACAUUGAUUGGA